GAAGCGGCGCUGGGCGAGGUCUUCUGCCGCUUCGACGCCGACGUGGACGGCGCCUGGUCGACGGCAGAACUUCAGUCUUUCGCGCGCACGUGCAACGGCGGCGAGGAGUUCGGCGAGGCGGAGCUCUCGCAGGUGGGCGAGUUCACCACGAACGGGCAGGGCAGGCUCACGCGCCGCGGCUUUCUCGAGAUGAUGCAGCUGCAGACGAUGGCGCGGCCGGAGGACACGUGGGCCGAUCUGCGUGCGCUUGGGUACGAC